UUGGAUCCAGAUCUUCUGGUUUUCCUCUAUAAACAAAACAUGGGGUUCACCCCUCAACAAUCCCAAAACAGAUCACUGUUCUUUUCCCGUUAGCAAUGCCUGCAAUUCCAAAGAAUCUCUUCCCUUCUCCCAAUGUCUUCUCUAUCACUUUCCUUCUUUCAAUAAACUCUCUUUUUUUCUUAAGAUGUUUAUCCAUUGAUGUACAGGGUCAAGCUCUUCUGGCAUGGAAAAACAGUCUAAAUAGCUCCACAGACUUGCUAAGUACAUGGAAUCCUUCCCACCCAAGUCCCUGCAACUGGUCUGGGAUCGUUUGCAAUUCAAAUGGCGAAGUAAUCCAGAUAAGUUUAAAAUCAGUGGAUUUGCAAGGUCCACUGCCUUCAAAUUUGCAAUCUCUCUUGUCUUUGAAGUCUCUUAUCAUCUCAGGAACCAAUCUAACAGGGCCGAUACCAAACGAAAUUGGAGAUUAUCAAGAAUUGGAACUCAUCGAUCUCAGCAGCAAUGCUAUCUCCGGUGAAAUUCCUGUAGAUGUUUGCAGACUAAGCAAGCUUCGUACCCUGUUUCUCAGCUCAAAUUUUCUUGAAGGAGGAAUUCCUUCAGAAAUUGGAAAUCUUUCAAGCCUUCUGUAUCUGAAGCUCUACGAUAAUCAACUCAGCGGUGAAAUACCAAGAAGUAUUGGAAGAUUAAGCAAGCUGGAGGUCUUCAGAGCAGGUGGAAAUCAAAAUCUGAAAGGAGAGUUGCCAACAGAGAUUGGGAAUUGCAGUAAUUUAGUAAUGUUGGGUCUUGCAGCAACCAGCAUUUCAGGAAGUCUUCCUUCCUCAAUUGGGUUACUGAAGAAGAUUCAAACCAUUGGGAUUUACACAUCUCUCCUAUCUGGUCCCAUCCCAGAAGAGAUCGCAAACUGCAGCGACCUGCAGAACCUGUACUUGUAUCAGAAUUCCCUCUCUGGUCCCAUACCAAGAAGGAUUGGGGAAUUGAAGAAGCUCCAAAGCAUUAUUUUAUGGCAGAACAGCUUUGUGGGUACCAUCCCUUUUGAGCUUGGGAACUGCAGAGAGCUUAAGGUGGUGGAUUUAUCCGAGAAUUUGUUGUCAGGAAGCAUACCUGCAAGUUUCGGAAAUCUCUUGGGGCUUCAAGAGCUUCAACUGAGCAUUAAUCAGUUAACGGGCACUAUACCUUAUGAGAUCUCAAACUGCACAGCUCUGACUCACUUUGAAAUUGACAACAAUCAAAUUUCUGGUGAGAUUCCAGUAGGAAUCGGCAAUCUACAGAGAUUGACAUUGUUCUUCACUUGGCAGAAUAAGUUGACAGGUAAAAUCCCUGAAAGUCUUGCAAAUUGUCAGAAUCUUCAAGCUCUUGAUCUCUCCUACAAUCAAAUUUUGGGUCCCAUACCAAAACAGAUCUUUGGAUUGAGGAAUCUCACGAAGCUUCUGCUGCUAUCCAAUGAUUUAUCGGGUUUCAUACCACCGGACAUUGGAAACUGCACGAACCUGUACCGGUUUCGAAUCAAUAACAACAGGCUCACUGGUACGAUUCCAGCCGAGAUUGGGAACUUGAGGAAUUUGAAUUUCUUAGACAUGAGCAACAACCGGAUCGUCGGUGGGAUUCCUCCGGCGGUCUCUGGAUGCGAAAAACUCGAAUUUCUCGAUCUCCAUUCCAAUGGGCUCACCGGUUCGGUGCCGGAAACGCUCCCGAAAAGCCUGCAACUCCUCGACAUAUCGGAUAAUAGGCUAACGGGGCCAUUGACUCCGAGCAUCGCUUCGUUAACAGAGUUGACAAAAUUCAUUAUUGGGAAGAACCGAAUCAGUGGUGGAAUCCCCGCAGAGCUGGUAUCGUGCAGUAAGCUACAGUUGUUGGACCUCGGAGACAACGGUUUCUCAGGUCAGAUACCUAAGGAAUUGGGUCGGAUUCCGGCACUGGAGAUAUCUCUGAAUCUGAGCUGCAACCAGCUCUCCGGUGAAAUCCCACCUGAGUUCUCUGGUCUGGACAAGCUCGGGAUCCUGGACAUCUCCCGCAACCAGCUUACCGGGAAAUUGGACAUGCUUGCGGGUCUCCAAAACCUGGUCGUUCUCAACAUAUCCUUCAAUGGCUUCUCGGGAGAAUUACCAGAUACCCCAUUCUUCCGGAAGCUCCCGGUAAGCGACCUAACGGGGAACAAAGAUCUCUACAUCUCCUCCAAUGGCGGCGUCGUGACACCGGCUGAUCGGGGUCGGAUCACCAAGCCCGCAAUGAAGCUGGUAAUGUCCAUCCUCGUCAGCGCCAGUGCGGUACUGAUGCUUCUUGCGGUGUACAUACUAGUGCGGGAGCUUGGGGCGGCGAACAGAGUACCGGUGGAGGAUGACAGUUGGGAGAUGAUACUCUAUCAGAAAUUCGAUUUCUCAAUCGACGACGUCGUCCGGAACUUGACGUCGGCGAAUGUGAUCGGAACAGGGAGCUCGGGGGUGGUGUACAGGGUGGGGAUCCCCAAUGGGGAGAUGCUGGCGGUGAAGAAGAUGUGGUCUUCUUCUUCUUCAUCUUCGUCUCCGUCGCCAUCGGAGGAGGAAGAGUCGCCGGAGAUGGAAGGAGCAUUCGGGUCGGAGAUCCGGACUCUUGGAUCGAUCCGACAUAGGAACAUAGUAAGGCUUCUGGGUUGGUGUGCCAAUAGGAGGAGGAGUGUGAAGCUUUUGUUCUACGACUACCUACCAAAUGGAAGCUUGAGCUCUAUGAUCCAUGGUGAUGGUAAUGGGCAAGAGCAGGGGAACAGGGCGGCGGAGUGGGAGGUGAGGUACGAGGUGGCGCUGGGAGUAGCGCAUGCACUGUCUUACCUGCACCAUGAUUGCGUCCCUGCAAUCUUACACGGUGAUGUUAAGGCUAUGAAUGUGUUAUUGGGUCCGGGUCUGGAGCCUUACUUAGCGGACUUCGGGUUAGCCAGGCUUGUCAAUGUUGUUGAUAAUGACUCAUCUAAGGUGACCCUCAAGCCUCACUUGGCUGGAUCCUAUGGUUACAUAGCUCCUGAGCAUGCAUCAAUGCAAAGAAUCACAGAGAAGAGUGACGUUUACAGCUUUGGAGUGUUAGUAUUGGAGGUGCUGACAGGAAGGCAUCCAUUGGACCCAACCUUACCAGGAGGAGCACAUCUGGUCCAAUGGGUUCAGGACCACUUGAAAAGGAAGGGAGACCCAGUGGACAUACUUGACCCAAGGCUUCAAGGCAGGCCUGACCCUCAGGUGCAUGAGAUGCUUCAGACGCUGGCUAUCUCCUUCUUAUGUGUCAGCGCAAGGGCUAGUGAUCGUCCCAUGAUGAAAGAUGUUGUAGCCAUGCUCAAAGAGAUCCACCAUGUAGAAGUUCUAAGGUCAGACAAAGUUACAGUGAAGAAGGAAGCAGCAUCAACCAUGGUUCUUUCUUCUUCUCCUCCUCCUCAGGCUCAGGCCCAGGCUCGGAAACUGGUCUUGGAAGGAUCUUCUAACUGCUCCUAUGCCUUUUCUGAUGACUCCAUCUCCAUUUAAAAGUUUAAAACCAGAGGUUUCAGAACUCAAGAUCAAGGAAGUUAACCAGUACCAGGCCACAUUGCAGUGGAGAAGAUUGAGAAAUAGUUUUGUACCUGUAUGGGUAUCCAAUCACUGGAUCAGUGCCAAGUGCCAACCAAUCUCCAAUCAACCUGAAUUCCUGAUACUCAAAAAGUCCAAACUCCAUUGUCUAAGCAAGCAACAUGAGGAGGUAGGGAAGACAAGCAUGUGAUGGAACAUGGAAGUGAGUCAGUCCACAUGAGCAAACAGAUUGAAUCUCUCUUUCAAGUCCAAAACCCAAUCCAAAAGGAUCCUGUACAUUGUCUAAUUAAUUGAUUGAUUAUUUAUUUUAAUUUUAAUGUAAUUUCUCAUC